AUGUCUCAAUCCCUCCGACCUUACCUGCAAUGCGUACGCAGCAGCUUGACCGCUGCGCUCACGCUUUCCAACUUUGCUUCUCAAACCGCUGAGCGACACAAUGUCCCCGAGAUUGAGGCACAGACAUCACCCGAAGUCCUCCUCCAGCCCUUGACUAUUGCGCGAAACGAGAACGAGCGUGUUUUGAUCGAGCCCAGCAUCAACUCUGUCCGUAUCAGCAUCAAGAUCAAGCAGGCCGACGAAAUUGAGCACAUACUGGUACACAAGUUUACAAGAUUCUUAACGCAACGUGCCGAGUCGUUCUUUAUCUUGCGAAGGAAACCGAUCAAGGGCUAUGACAUCUCGUUCCUGAUAACAAACUUCCAUACCGAGGAAAUGUUGAAGCAUAAGCUUGUCGACUUUAUCAUCCAGUUUAUGGAAGAAGUUGACAAGGAAAUCUCCGAGAUGAAGCUAUUUUUGAACGCUCGAGCGCGAUUCGUGGCUGAGUCUUUCCUUACACCCGUAAAAACCAACCUCAAUGAUACUGUUGGACGGUACUAA